AUGCCUGCUCAUGGUCUUAAGAAAGGUCCAAUGGAGGCAACUAGAAAAAGGAGACGAGAGUUUUCUCAAUCACCUAGCUAUAUACCGAAAGAUGACUUUUUGAGAGAUAAUCCCACCAGGUUAGACCAGAUGGAUGUUCCAGAAGAUAGUAAAGUGCUUAAUACUUUGAAUAGAAUUGGCCAAAGGCAGAUAAAGGAUAACAGAAAAAAGCACGGGACCUUAAAUAUUGUCUUAGGUUUGACGGAAGCAGAGUACUUCGAAUGUCAAGAUGUGGAUUUCACCAAAAUUUUAAACCAAUCUUUUGGUGUUGUCAAUUUCAAGAUUUCAAAAGCGAUCGUAGGAACAAUAGAAAGGAUUCUUACUAUCUCGGGAGAUACAUUAUUAGUUUCAAAAGCUGCAGUCUACAUUGCUUUCCUAUUGCUGGCAAAAAUAAAUCGUAUAAUCAACAACGAAUUAUAUACAUUAAAGUCAAAUAAUUAUUCAUUAACUUUAAUAGUAUCACUGAAAUGCCAAUCUAGAAUUCAUCAUGCAUUAGAGGCACAAAAUGGAAUAGAAUUUGAUUCUUCAGAAAGUUAUGGUUAUAAUGGGCAAAUUGAUUUGCAACUAAUACAAAUUAAAGGUGACUUCUAUUCAUUGCUUGGUUCUUUAAAUGCUAUUAUAAGUUUAGAUGCCGAUAAAGUGGAUAACAUUACACAAGAAAAGAUACUAGGCAUGGCUUGUGACCCUAACCUCUUUCAAAUAAGUCCUGAAAAGGAGAAGAAAACUGAAAAGAAAUUUUCUCAAGCACUCAACUAUAUUUAUUCAAAAUCUAUACUACAGACGGAAUAG